CAGAUGUGCAAACGAACAUACGAAUUCUUACAAGUGUAUUCAUAAUACAAGCAGGAACAUGCACACUACAACCCACAUGCCGUGCUCGAGUACAACGCCGCAGCAUCUCGGUGCAUGACUUAGCCCCACAAUUAGCCUCGCUUUAGCGCGCCAGCCGCGCGCAACCGCGCUGAUCGCCGCAACCCCAACACCAAAACAAACAACCACCACAGACACCACACCACACCACCACGCGCAGCACGUGCACGCGCAGCAAACACACCCACACCGCGCAAAAUCCCACACACAAACGCGCACGCGCUACACCACCACACACCACACCACACCACACCACACCAUACACCGCAUCCCCCACCACCACCAACACCCGCGAACAUGUCCUCCGAGCACCGCAAAAUCGACCUCCAGUCCCCCGCCGACCUAACCCACAUCGAAUCCCUGAUCCGCCGCGCCGCAGCCCAGAAGCUCGACCUGCACCUCCCCGCGCAACCCUCCGACGGCGCAGACGAUCUGCGCGCGCAGACGGGCGUCCUGGUCGACGCGUUUGUGGACCGGGUGCUGGGCGGCGUGCGGGCGAAUGUCGCUGUUAAUGGGAUUGAGGUUGUGGAGGCUGCGCGGGGAGGGGGGUUUGAGGGCGAAGGGGAGGGGGAGACGAUGAGCGGCGUGCAGACUGGGGGUGCAGCACCAGCGGCGGCGGAGGAGUUCGAGCCGUUCGACGAGCGGCUGCGCGCGCGGCUGGCCGAGCAUGUGGCGCGGCGCGAUCGCCUCGUCAAGGCGGUGUCGGCGCACCGGCGGGCGACGGCGGGCAAGGCUGCGCGCGCGUGGGAGGAGCGGUUUGAGGCUGAGAGUACGGCGCAGGAAGUAGUGGUGCAUGCAGCGCGGAAUCCGACAUUGGAUACUACGGCGGACGCGCAGGACCAGAUGGAGAUGGAAACGCAGAACCCACCACACACACCCCAUACACAAGACCCGCUCCGCGCCACCAUCCCCCGCGCCGACGAGGUGCAGCGCAACUGGGCGCGUGCGGUCGAGGGGCUGGGCCGGCUGAACCAGGGGCUUCCCGAGACGCGGGCACGGCUGGAGCGGUGUGGGGGGGUUGUCGAGUACUUGGGGGCCGGGUCGGGUGCGGCGUCAGCGUCGUCGUGAGAUGCUUGUGCGGAACGACGGAGGGGUGUGAAUUUGGCGUUGGGAGUUUCUGGAUACCCGGGAUUUGCAUUAUUUGGGGGCCCUGGCUUGGGUGCGUCUACAUUGUCUAUGAGUCUGGAAUCACAGACUGCUAUGCCCCUGCUCAUCCUCCGCUGCUGCAACACCCCCAAGACCCGUGCCCGCCGUCCCCCCGCACCACGCCGCCGCCCUACUGCGGAU